GCAUCCAUAUUGAAAAUUACCGAAAUGCCCCAAUCAUCUAUCUUCCCCUUCUUCCUAAAACCCUAACUCCCUGCUUCCCAAUCUUCUGAAACCUAUGUUUCACUGAGAAUUAAUUGCAGAGUUUUUUUUUUCUGUCGCCUUUUCAAUUUUGGUUGUCAUCUUGUCUCUUUUGUUCUUUCAAUUUUUUUCUUGUUUCAAUUCUUCUGGGUUUUAUAUGGCUGGCGGAGAUACUUCAGCUGAAUCGAAGAGGGGGAGCUCGAAGAACCCUAAGAGCUCCAAAGACAGCAAUCUCAAGCAAAAAUCUCCGGCAGAGUUUUUCGCCGAGAACAAGAACAUUGCCGGAUUCGAUAAUCCGGGAAAAUCUCUGUACACUACAGUUAGAGAGCUUGUUGAGAAUGCCCUUGAUUCUGCGGAGUCGAUAUCUCAACUUCCCGAGGUAGAAAUAACAAUUGAAGAGAUUGGAAAAUCCAAGUUUAAUUCCAUGAUUGGUCUUGUUGAUCGGGAGCGCGUUGACGAGAAGCUGUAUGAUGACUACGAGACAGUGAAGGCUCGCGAGAAAAGAUUAGCGAAGGAAGCUCGUGCUCAAGAGAUACAAGCUAAAAAUGCUGCAUCGGGAAAGAAAGUGAAAGAGCCUGCAGUGUCAAAGGUUUUAAAGGGUCGUGGUGAAGCAUCAUAUUACAAGGUCACAUGCAAGGAUAAUGGAAAGGGAAUGCCACAUGAUGACAUCCCAAAUAUGUUUGGCAGAGUUUUGUCUGGUACGAAGUAUGGACUGAAGCAAACACGUGGGAAGUUCGGUCUCGGUGCAAAGAUGGCAUUGAUUUGGUCCAAAAUGAGCACAGGCCUCCCAAUCGAGAUCUCAUCAUCCAUGAAGGGCCAAAGUUAUGUCACUUUUUGCAGACUGGAUAUUGAUAUUCAUAGGAAUAUUCCCCAUGUUCAUCUACACGAAAAGAAGGGCAACACAGAGAGAUGGCAUGGAGCCGAAAUACAGGUGGUAAUUGAGGGAAACUGGACAACAUACAGAUCGAAGAUCUUGCACUAUAUGCGCCAAAUGGCUGUUAUUACUCCAUACGCACAGUUUCUGUUUAGAUUUAUAUCCGAUACACCAGAAAAAAAUAUCACAAUAAAAUUUGCCCGAAGAACGGAUGUAAUGCCUCCUGUUCCAGUUGAGACAAAACACCAUCCUUCGUCAGUUGACUUGCUGCUUAUCAAGCGCCUGAUUGCAGACACUUCGAAAAAGACCCUUCUGCAGUUUCUUCAGAAUGAAUUUGUGAAUAUUAACAAAUCCCUUGCAGCACGAUUAAUUGGAGAAAUGGGACCAGAUUUUAGCCCUAAUAUGGCUGUCAAGUCUCUGACAUCUCAACAAAUGGUCCGCAUACAUCAAUUAUUCCGCCAGGCUAAAUUUGAUGACCCUAGUGGUGAUUGUCUUAGUCCCGCGGGAGAGUACAAUCUUCGUCUGGGGGUUAUCAAGGAACUGCAUCCAGAUAUGGUGGCAACUUAUUCAGGCAGUGCUCAGGUCUUUGAAGGUCAUCCUUUCAUUGUUGAAGCCGGUGUUAGUUUGGGUGGAAAAGAUGUGAAACAGGGAAUAAACAUUUUCCGUUUCGCAAACCGUAUUCCUCUCCUUUUUGAGCAAGGUGGUGAUGUCGUCACCAGGACAGCCUUAAAGAGAAUCAAUUGGAGUACUUAUAAGAUCAACCAGACACAAGAUAAAAUCGGGGUAUUUAUCAGUAUAGUGAGCACAAAAAUCCCUUUCAAAGGGACAGGGAAAGAGUACAUUGGAGAUGACAUUAGUGAGAUAGCUACUGCUGUCAAGUCUGCGAUUCAGCAAUGCUGUAACCAGCUGAAAUCCAAAAUAGUGAAAAGAAUUCAAGCUCGUGAGCAACAGGAGCGAAAACGCAAUUUGAGCAGGUAUAUUCCUGAUGUGUCAGGGGCAGUGUAUGAUGUUCUGAAAGAAAUGUCGAGAGAACAUGCCACUAAGAAAAAACGUUAUUCGGGAGAGGAUGCUCUUGUACUCGAGAAAGUGUCGGAACGUCUAAUCACCAAAGAGACACUACAAGAAAAGCUUGCCAAGCAUGUUGAGCAGGUGGACUAUGAGAUGGCGCUGGAGUACGCAACACAGAGUGGGGUGAGCGAAGAACCGAGGGAAGACAUUUAUAUUCAACAGUUAGAUCCGAAGAACCACUUCGUUGACUUCCAGAGUCCAGCCUUUGUCUUCAGACUCAUCCUCUGAUAGAUAGAUACAGAUUGCUUUAUGUAUUAUUAUUGUUACACUUCGAAUGUGUGUUAUAUAUUGUUUAGUCAGUAUGAAAUAAUCCUUCUUUUUAAUCCAAAAUGCACAAUUUUUGUUUAGCUCA